CCCGCCCCUCGCCGCCCGCUCCGCGGCUCCCGCCCCGCCCCGCGCGGCCCCACACGCGCCGCGGCCGCCGGGGCUCCGCGGCGCCCGCCCGCUCGGUGCGCGGCAGGGACAGCUCGGUGCGGGCGGGCCGCAGCGUGGGGCAGGAUGAACGUGGAGAACGAGGAUGUGCUGCUGGACCUGGAGGAGGAGGAGGCGGCGGCGGAGGAGGAAGAUGAGGACGGGGAGACCGUCUUGGAGUUGAACCAGGUGAUAAUUCCCACUUAUGGAACUGUGCCAGAUCAGCAAAACCUUCAUACUCCAGAAUGGGCUGAUUUUGAUGAAAAGCCUGACUCCUUGUUCUUCAGCGAUGGGCAGCGAAGAAUUGACUUUGUUUUGGUGUAUGAAGAUGAAAGCAAGAAAAUGACUCACAAGAGGAGUGAUCGUAAAAAGCAAAAGAGGAAGAGACAAGUUUAUGAAUCCAAUCUGAUAAACAAUGGCUUGCAACUUGAAGCCACAAGAUCGGUUUUGGAUGAAAAACUUAUUUUUGUAAAAGUGCACGCACCUUGGGAAGUGCUAUGUGCGUAUGCCGAGGUUAUGCACAUCAAAUUGCCUCUGCAGCCCGAUGACCUGAAAACCCGAGAUUCAGCUUUCAACUGGUUUAGUAGACUGUUCAGAGUGGAUGAAAAUAUCAUCAAACCUGAGCAAGAGUUUUUCACUGCCCCUUUUGAAAAGGAACAUUUAUCCAACUUUUAUAUUCAAGACAAAGACACAUUUUUCAAUCCUGCAACUAGAAGCCGAAUUGUUCAUUUUAUCCUGUCCCGUGUGGAAUAUGCAACGAAAAACAAUGUGAAAAAGUUUGGCAUUAACAAAUUAUUGGACGCUGGAAUCUACAAAGCAGCAUUUCCCCUUCAUGAUUCUAGUUUCAGGCACCCAUCAACUGAUCCUGACUGUCCAAGUGAACGAUAUCUUCUCUACAAAGAAUGGGCUCACCCUAAAAACAUUUUCAAACUGCAACCCCUGGAUUUUAUCAGGAAAUAUUAUGGAGAGAAAAUUGGAAUCUAUUUUGCUUGGCUGGGCUUUUACACUAACAUGCUGAUCGUGGCUGCAGUUGUAGGAGUUGGCUGUUUUCUGUAUGGAUGCCUGACAAAGGACAACUGCACGUGGAGCCAAGAAGUAUGUGAUCCCAACAUAGGAGGUAAUAUCAUAAUGUGCCCUCAAUGUGAUAAAGUAUGUACCUACUGGAACCUCACCAUCACUUGUGAAUCAUCCAAGAAACUCUGUAUAUUUGAUAGCUUUGGAACACUGGUGUUUGCAGUAUUUAUGGGAAUAUGGGUUACCUUAUUUUUGGAGUUUUGGAAGCGAAGGCAGGCAGAACUGGAGUACGAAUGGGACACAGUUGAGUACUUAGAGCAGGAAGAACAAAUUCGCCCAGAAUAUGAAGCACGAUGCACUCAUGUAGUGAUGAAUGAAAUCACACAGCAAGAAGAACAUGUGCCAUACACUGCCUGUGGAAAAUGCAUGCGUAUGACUUUCUGUACAAGUGCAGUCUUAUUCUGGAUUCUUUUGAUUAUUGCUUCAGUUAUUGGAGUCAUUGUCUACAGACUCUCAGUUUUCCUGGUGUUUUCUGCAACAUUGUCACAGCACAUUACUGGAACACAAGCAAUCCGCAAGUACCUGACUCCCCAAACAGCUACUUCAGUAACUGCUUCAGUCAUCAGCUUUAUAGUCAUUAUGAUUCUGAAUAUCAUCUAUGAGAAAGUGGCAAUCAUGAUUACUGACUUUGAGCUUCCAAGGACACAGACCGAUUACGAAAACAGUUUGACCACAAAGAUGUUCUUAUUCCAGUUUGUGAACUACUAUUCUUCAUGCUUCUACAUAGCCUUCUUUAAGGGUAAAUUUGUAGGUUACCCUGGAAAUCCAGUUUAUUGGCUGGGAAAGUAUCGCAAUGAGGAGUGUGAUCCGGGUGGAUGUCUCCUUGAACUCACAACACAGCUUGCCAUCAUUGUAGGAGGUAAAGCAAUCUGGAAUAACAUUCAAGAAGUGCUUCUUCCUUGGGUUAAGAAUCUAAUCGGAAGAUAUUGUGCAGCUGCUAGAUCAGAAAAAAUUGUUCCACGCUGGGAACAUGACUACCACCUGCAGCCCAUUGGAAAACUUGGAUUGUUUUAUGAGUACCUUGAAAUGGUUAUACAGUUUGGAUUUGUCACUCUGUUUGUGGCAUCAUUCCCUCUGGCUCCUCUUCUGGCUCUUAUUAACAAUAUGUUGGAAAUCCGAUUGGAUGCUUGGAAGAUGACAACCCAGUUCAGACGCAUAGUUCCACAGAAGGCACAAGACAUAGGAGCCUGGCAGCCAAUCAUGCAAGGAAUAGCUAUUUUGGCUGUGGUUACCAAUGUGCCUUCUGUAGUCACUAGGCACCUGUCUAGUCUGGAGUCUCAACUACAGUGUUUCUGCUUUUCAGAGGCCAUGAUAAUUGCUUUUACAUCUGACAUGAUUCCUCGUCUGGUUUAUUACUGGUCCUUUUCAGUCCCUCCUUAUGGGAAUCACAGCACUUACACUAUGAAAGGCUAUAUAAACAAUACACUCUCUGUCUUCAAUAUAUCAGACUUCAAGAAUGAAAGCAAGCCAUUUCCCCCUUGGUUUGGGAACCAAACAGCAUGCAGAUACCGUGAUUUCCGCUACCCUCCUGGUCACCAGCAUCAAUAUGAGCAUAACAUAUAUUACUGGCAUGUCAUUGCAGCCAAGCUGGCUUUCAUUAUUGUCAUGGAGCAUGUCAUAUACUUUGUGAAGUUUAUUAUUUCAUAUGCAAUACCGGAUGUAUCACAAAAGACCAAGAGCAAGGUCAAGCGAGAGAAAUACCUAACACAGAAACUCUUGCAUGAGAAUGAUCUCAAAGUUGUGAAAAAAACCAUGGGGAAAAUAGCCGACAAAAUUUUCAAAGGAGGAGGUAGCCCUUUCCGACCUAAAGCUGAAUAAGUACUUUUUUAUAUGAAAUAACAGUAUUUAGCCAGCUUAUACCUAUCCACACAUUACCAACAGCUAAUCAAACACUUUGGAUUAAUUUCCAUUACUAAACACUGCUUCAUGCAACUUUCUCCUGCUCAUUUCCCUAUUUCCCAUAGGCAAAUACAACCACUGACACGCAAUGAAGAAUUAUCAGGUUUUUUUAAACAGCUUUAGCAUGACAUACUUUUCUAACAUGUGAGGAUAAAUAUUAUUUAUCAUCCAAAGAAGAUCAGAUUAAUUCUGAAAUGCAUAGAGUACUUUCGACUUCAUGUAGGUGUUGGCUAUUUGAUCUGUUGUAGAACUUGACUAAAACUUUAAGAACCAGAAUUGUUUUCUGUAAGACUAACACCACUUCCUGUGAAGGAGUUUUGAUCACAUGAUAAAGCAAACACCAAAAGUAUAAAAAGAAGAGGAAAAGCCAAAAUAUGAAGGAAAGAGAAGGAAAAUACAACUCAAAAUCAUGCUGCUAAGCUAUUGCAAUUGAUAUACUAAGCGCUGUUGUGUGCUGCACUGACUUAGUUAUGCAGACUGGAACUUAAAUGGAUAAUAAGAUAUUUCAAUUAAUCAUGGACUUGGAUCCCAAGAAGCAGCAAGACUGGAAGCCCAUCAUGUUCAUCAGUCUCUAUGUAAACUGGAGAAUUGCCUUUGAAAUCAAUGCAAACAAACUGACUUUAUAGCACUCUGAGCGAGCAGAAAAUCAGGUAUUUUGUCUUUCCCUAGUGAAUGUACUUUCAUUCAUUCGCUUGGCCAUUCUGUUCUGAAUGAGUGUAGCCUUGAAGUUCUCUAACUUGUAACAGUAGUAAGUGUUAAAAUUCUUUCCACCUCCUAAAUCAGUAUUUGUAGAGGGUUGUCUUUUGCAUUUCUCCCACACCAGAGGCACCGUUCACUUCCCAGAUAGAAUUCAGCAUGCAGAGAAUGUGCAGCUGGACCUGUCAUGAUACGAUUUUGUAUGAUGAGUUGAAUUUGGACAUGACCAUGAAUCUAUUGAAACUUCAGAUUGGAAUAAACAAUUUAACAUGCCUUAACUGUGUUAUGAAACUGUAAAUAACUAGGAGGAUGUUAAAGAUGUGGAUAAAUUUAUUAGAGCUAUCAGUCAUCUUCAGAUUAGGCUUUAUAUCUCCUUGGUGGUUUUGUGCGUUACAGAUUAAGCAUGUAUGUAGAGCUCCACUUUGAGUCUGCAUCAGUGAUCUUCCCACUUACUAACUUUCUUUGUCUUUUAAUGGUUAUAAUGGACCAAUUCCUACAAAUCUUGAAAACAAAAAUCAUGUUAAAAAAAGCAAAAGGGUGUCUGUAUUCUGUAAACCUGGUGAUUACUGGUGGUUUUGUAAUUUUGUACUCUUAAACUUAAUUCAUAUACAGAAUUCUUAGGCAGAUUAUUCAUGUAGCUAUUUACAUAUUAUGAAGUUGGCAGAAACUAAGUAGCAUUGCUAAGGUGUACUUUAUUCCAUUGGUAAUCAGAAAGGAUCAAACAUUUGAAUUUUUUAAAGAUGUUCAAAAUAAUGCUGUGUACCUCAAGCCUAUCCUUUGAAAUGAUGUUCAAGCCUGAAUAGGUAGCACAUGGCAUGAGUUCUCUCUUUAUUCGUGAUACACAAGCUCUCAUUCAGCAAGACUUUGCAAAAUGGUUGCAUGGAAGAACAUGAGAGUUUCAAAAAUGAAGCUAAGGCUGAAAUAUGAAAAAAAGGAAACUCACAAGUUCAGGAGAACAUUUACAUUAGAGGCAGAAUAAAAAGAUAAGAUAGACUGUAACUAUAAAUGUCAACCAGAGCAGUGCUAGAACCAGCACUUUUUUUCACAGGAAAUUCUGCUCUCUGCCAUUUGUUUUGGUUUCCAUUCAGAAUCAUAACAAGUGUUUAAAACUUCCAAGAAUCAAAUAGAUUUGGCAGAUGGACAGACAAACACUCCUAGCUUUCUAAACAGGACAUAAUUUCUUAUCAAAGUGUAUCACCCCAGUACUGAUCUGACCUUUUCAGAACAAACUGCCAAACUUCUUUUUAAAACAAAAUUUUGUCCAAAAGACCAUCUCAUGGAACAGUUGUAUUUAAGUAGUUAGGAUUUUCUUGUGCAAAAUGAGUUCUGGUAGAAAGUCUAAUCAGCUCCAUGCAAACUUGGAGCUUUUGAUUUUAGCUUUGUACUGCCGCUUCCCCUGCUGCAAUAGUAUUCAGCUAAGAGAUUUCAUUUUCCUAUCAGUGAUUGCAGUGCCAAAGUGCCUUACAGAUCCUUUCAGGUGCAGUGCUGAAAGACUGGGGCAGACAAGGAGGUAUAGUGUGAUAAAGGCAAAAAAAAAAAAAAAGAAAAGAAAAAAAACAACAACAGCAGGGAAUGGACCAUCUCAGGUAAUUCUUUGGUCUUAAAGAAACACUUAGUGUCCUCUUUGACAGGUAAAGAGACUGGGAAACAAAGGAAUUAAGUGCCUUGGGAUCACGCUGGGAACAGUAACAAAGCUUAAGACUAAUUUUAAGGAGUGCCUGAUUUCCUGUACCUUUUUGGUUCCUGCAGCCUCUCUGUCUCUUUCUGCAUCAGUUGGCAGCAUGUCCUGAAGAGGGUGUUGGUCAUCGAAAAUAUGUAUUCUUAGCUUUAAAAUAGUGGGGUUUUUUUAAAAAAAAAAAAACUUGCUACAUCACCAAAGCAUGAAUCCGUAUGAACUGGGAUCCUCCUGCAAUAAAAACCCAAUCACCUUUAGGUGUGUAUCUACAUUAGCCUUUUUGUUCAAAUCAGGAGUGUGUUUUUGAAACUAGUCUUCCACUUGUCCCACUUGCUGGGCCAUGGUUCACAUCACAGCCUGGUCUCAGAGCACAGGAACGCGUUCCUUUUAGCUGGAACUAAACCGAAAGAUACAUUUUAGGUGUGUACAUAAUUGUCUCUGACAGUCAACAGGCAUUUAGUCCACAGGUCUAAACCAGAGCUAGUCUGAAGAGAGCAGCAAGCAUUGGGUGGGUAUCAGCUCCUUAACAUCAACUUCUUGCUCUAGUGAUUUGAUUCUAACCUGCCAUGCUACUUGCUAAUGUAGCUGCAACCUUUAACUUCAGGAAGCAUAUCAUGCAGCACAGUUGUGAAUGGGAGGGAAAAGAGGAAAACUACUAGAGUGCCUAAUGACUGCAUUUUUAGCAGUUUGAUCUCUUAAGGUGUGCAAUUUAUGUAGGCUCUACCUCCAGCUGCUAAGAUGUACACAGUGAGUUCUCAGGUUCAUCUGGAUAAAAUGCUUGGGGGGCAGAAGCCAACACAAGAGUAUUUGUAAGUUUUUUUUGGAGACUAGGUCACUUCAAGAACAUUUAAAGAUCUGCCUGAAGGGAAAAUUAACAUUUGUUUAAAACUGUGAAUCAGUUUUACACAUUUUAGACUUUAUAUGUGGGCCAAACAUGUAUGUGCGUAUGUCUGUUGAAGUCAGGGUGAAUUUGGACUAGUGACUGUUUCAUUGCCUUAGAGUGAGAUAAGAACAACGUAAAUUACAGAACAUUGCCACUGUUUUAGAUUCUGUGUAUGUUGAUAAAAAUCAGAGUGUAAGAAUGUAAAGUUUCUAUUUUCUUCUAAGAAUGUUUGCUAUUAGUUUCUGAAUAUUACUUUUUUAUAUUUAUUGUUAUUAAAUAAAGUUUAUUUUAAAAUAAUAAUACAUUUGAUGUUGAUCAGAAUUGUUUGUUUUUAGAUGAAUGAUACUGCUGCUGCCAAAUGCCGCAUUUAAAUUCUUAUAACAUCAGCACUGUCUAAUUUCCAUAUUCCUCUUUUUCAAUUUUUUGCUAUUAAACUGUGUUAUUGCUACUCA